AUGACCUCUAUAGGACACCGGUAUGCGAUAUGCUGCGAGAGCUUUUCUACUACGAUUCCCAUUCGGCAGCAAUCCUCAAUCUAUGAUGAGUUCCUCGAUCUUCCAAUCCUCGUAGGAGCCAUUGGGCAGGUACCUCCUGAUGAUGAAGGGGACCGACUUCUGGUAGAGCUCCUUUUCGGCGAUAAUGAGCGGGUCGAUGGCCAUGGCAGACGCGUCGGUGGCUUCUCCGAAUCCCAUUGCGACAUUCUCGUCGACAGCGUCCGUAGACGCGUCCACGGGGAUCGUGAUGGGUGCGUUCAGGCUGAUUUGGAGCGCGCGCGUGCCGAUGAUCCUGGCCUUCUCGUACUUGGUCAUGUACGGACUGGUGAUCCGGUGCGCGUUCUCGACCUGUACGAUUAUGUGCAAUUAGCGAAUGCCACUUACGUGUUGCCUGUAUUCGCCGGCGUCCGUGAUGAUGUCGACGUCGGCCACGCGCUGAUGGUCGUACUCGUCGAACUCAUCGUACUCCUCUUCCUCCUCCGCGAACUCGUCAAUUCCGAAGUUGUCUCCGAAAUCGUCACCGUAAGCGUCUGCCAUUUUGCGGCUCCGGUUUUAGAUGUGUGUGACAGCGGUUCGGCCAAGGGAAGGCGGCGGGCAACCACGCGACGGCUCCUAAUGCACACUGGCGAGUAA